GCUACUUCUUCAAGCAAUGAGUGGCUUCAAGUUUACCAAAAUAACUUCAUUGGACUUCCGCAUCAUACUGGCAUGCGGUGGUCCGGUGAUGUUGUCACUGAUGCGACAACAAUCACUACGACUACCAGCGCUACGACUAGUAGUGCCAGUAAUCAUUUGGGCCGUGUAAUACGGCCCAACAACAUUCGUAAGAGGUCCAGAAUUUCACGUAGGACCCCGAUCACUUUACUCAAUACUGACACCACCAAUUUCCGUGCCAUGGUACAACAAUACACCGGUGGAAGUGUUAGUAAUGGUGGUAAUGCUUCUAGUGCAUUGAUGGCGAGACAUACUACCAUGGCUCCACCUCAACCCUUGAGCAGCUAUAACAAUAACUCAUCCGGUUUUAGCUUUUACGGGACGGAGACAAGGACUAAUACACCUCCUGCGAGUGGUUACAACGUCAAGUUUCUGCAGCAGCAGCAAGAGUACUACACAAUGGCGCCGAGCAGCAGUGGUGGAAGUUGUAGUGAUCAUCAACUUGGGUUUAUUCAGAGGGUUCAAGAGGCUGGUGGCAUGAGGAGGUCUAAUAAUAACACUGAACAAUAAUAGCCAAGAACAAGUACUACCGAGUACUGACCAGUGACUAGUGCAUGUUUAGAUAUUUUUCAUGAAAAAUUAUACUACAAAUAAUUAAAUAGAAUACGACUCUUCUAUUCUGUAAA